UUGUUACGGGCCUUAUAUUUGUAAAUAAAAUCUGCAGAUUGAAAAAUGUCUGCUCUUCCACCAAAGCCUGCACCUAAACCAAGAAAUGUAAAAAUAAUGCGGGCUGCAUUUGAGUACAAAGCAAGGGAAAAUGAUGAAUUAAGUUUCAACGAGGGAGAUGUACUAUAUAUUUUGAACUCAAAUGACCCUGACUGGUGGAGAGCAAGAUGUCGAGGUGUAGAAGGACUUGUGCCAAGCAAUAUGUUAGAAGACGCCACCAAUGGCGGAGUUACAAGUCCACUUCAUGACGCGGCAAUGCGCGGGAACGUGGCAAUGGUGGAGGAAUGUUUGCUAAACAAGAUACCGGCCAAUCAACCAGACUGCGCCGGAAAUACACCUCUUCAUUGGGCUGCCAGAGGAGGCCAUGAUGAUUGUGUAAGGAUCUUAACUUCAGUAGACAAGAUAUUGCUAGAUGCUAGAAAUAGAUUAGAUGAAACACCGCUUACUCUGGCUGCUGCACAUGGCCAUUCCUCAGUUGUGGAGAUGUUGGUGAAUGCUGGAUCCAAUCCUGGUCUUGUCAACAGAGAUGGGAAAAGUGCUGAGGAACUUGCUGUAGACCCUCAGGUUCAAGUACUUCUCAGGAGAUUAAAAGGUAGCCAGGCGGCCCCCGGAUACAAUAUAGAGGACUACCAGGGGAGUGAAGACGAAGAUUAAAUUUUCCAGGGUUGCCGGUUGAGGAGAUGAAAUUUCACUCUGCACUAAAACCUUAUUAUUCUAAGGUCAUUGUAUUGUACUGCAGAUUUACGGUAGUACAAUACAACGCUUAAUUCAGGAUAA